AAAUUUGCUUCUUCCGCUUUCUCUGUAGUCUUUUUUUUUUUUUUUUCCUUUGCUCUUUCUCAGGAGAGGGAGCUUCUGUUCGCUUUUAUUGUUCUUUCAGUUGUGAUGUUAUGGGAAUGUUUGUGUUAGGCUCUCAAUUUGGGAUAUAGGAUGAGUUCGCGGACAACUUGAUCUAAUUUUGGUAUUGAGUAUUUGGAGAGCUGGGAGUAGGGGAAGUUCAGUAGUGUGACCAUUGUAUGAUAUGGUUUGUAAUCUUUCUUUAUAGCACCUUUGUGAUCUCAAAUUAACAGUUAAUCACUGAUUUCGAUAGCGGGGGGUAGAACUAGGAAUUAGCCACUGAAAAGUGUGAAAAGCUAUUAUGAAAAUAACAGAACUGAAAAUGCUUGGUUGAUGCUCAAGUCCGGUCCAGUCGUGGUAGGGUGUCGGUUGCCUUGAGAAGUGGUGGAGUGGCUUUGUUGGGCAGUAUAGUAGUAGUGGUGUUGGAGUUCUAGUGGGGGAAUCGAGUUUAAAGGGUCAAGGUGAAUGGACAAUGUAAGCGGCUGGCGAUGGUGGUUAAAGUAACAUGGAUUUGAUCAUAAUGGAUGAAUAGCUUAUCUUGAAAUGUUGAAAUUGCUUAUUGCAUUUGAAAUGUUCUUUCUACUCGUCCGUUGGUUUGCUCAUUUCUUCUUUUCUGAAAUGAUUAAUUCCUUCUGCUUUCAUUAUGAUCACUUUGAAGGGAAAUCUGCUUGAAAACAUAUUGGAAAGAUGGAUUCUGAUGGAUAUGUUGUUGAAGUUACAAGUCUAUCCCCACAAGCCACAGAGAAAGAUGUCUAUGAGUUUUUUGCUUUCUCUGGUGUAAUUCAGCAUGUCGAAAUUGUGAGGUCUGGCGACGCCUGCACUGCUUAUGUGACAUUCAAAGAUGCCUAUUCUCAAGAAACUGCUUGCUUGCUCAGUGGUGCUACUAUUUUAGAUCAACGUGUGUGCAUAACACGCUGGGGGCAGAAUAGAGAUGAACAUGACUUUUGGAGCAGCCCUUCCUAUAGGGAUGCAGAGGAAACCACUUACACUCAACCUCAAAGCAGUCAUUUUGUGUCAUCUGCUGGAGAAGCAGUUACUGUGGCACAGGAUGUCGUCAAGACCAUGCUAGCAAAGGGAUAUGUUCUUGGUAAGGAUGCGUUAGCUAAUGCCAAAGCAUUCGAUGAGUCUCACCAAGUUUCAGCGACUGCCUCAGCAAAGGUUGCUGAGCUGAACCAGAGAAUUGGCCUCUCCGAGAAACUAUCUGCCGGAGUCAAUGCUGUUAGGUCCAUGGAUCAGAGAUAUCAUGUCUCAGGAACAGCCAUGUCAGCCGCAUCAGCUACGGGAAGAUCAGUUGCAGCAGCUGCAAAUACCGUGGUAAACAGCAGCUAUUUUUCAAAGGGAGCCUUGUGGAUGUCAGGCGUUUUAUCCCGAGCUGCAGAUGCAGCGGCUGAUCUGGGUGGCCGGAGUGGCACUGGCGGCAGCAGGCAGUGAGCCGUUGGGUCAUUUGACCCAUAUUCUUGUUCAUACUUCUGCCGCACUGCCCGAUAGGUUUGUUGAUACAGUUAUAGGUUUAUCAAUAAUGUUCUCAGUUGUUGUAUGAUAUGGUUUCUUCAGGAUAUGAAUGAAGAGGAUAAUCGUUAAUACAACAAAUCAUUGUGGACAAACUAAUCUUACUGACUAUUAACUCUUUUUUAACUUGAAGUUGCUUAA